UUUUGCCCUUUUUAUUUCAUUUAAUAUUUUUUCGUUUCUUACUCUCUCUCUCUCUCUCUCUCACUCUCAAUUCCUCGCCGAUUAUUUCGCGCAAAAGUUGCGAUCUAGGAUGCCGGCGCCGCCGUUCUAGUCGCCGUAUUUUCCUAGCUCAGAUCCGUCAGGUGGAUGAAGGCUUGUGGCUUAAAUUAUCGUUGAGGGCGGGAAGGUGCAUAGAAAUAAUUGUUGGAUGGCCAGAUGAACAGGACUGAUGUUAUUUGCAGUGGAAGGAGGAGGGUUCUUUUCUUCAUCAGCAUCUGGAUAUAGCAAGGGCCUGACCCUUCUUCUUUUGGGUCAGAAGGACGAGGACAAACCCAUGAGAGUUACUCCGUGGAAUCAGUACCAGUUGGUGGACCAAGAAACUGAAGCUGACCUCCAGCUGGCUUCCAUUAAGAACCGGAUUUCCCGCGGGUGUGCCUCCUUUGUCUGCUUUGGUCGCACUUCCGCAGGACUUGAUGCUCCAUCUCCUCUUAAAGUAGGCCCUGCUCAACAGCAGGAUUCCUUGCCAGGGUCACUUGUGUCUGAUAAGGGCAAGAAAAAUGCAAUUGAUCUCGAUGAUAAUAGUGAAGAUGCAAAGAAGGUUGCUCUGAAAAGUAGCUUGAGAAAGUCAUUAAAUAGCAAUUCAGCUCCUGUUGAAGGUGCUAAGGAACUCGAGGCAUUAAAUGAGAAGGGUAGUACCAUACCUGGUCAUAUGGAAAGAAGGAAAGUGCAGUGGACGGAUGCUUGUGGGAGUGAGCUCGUUGAAAUCAGAGAAUUUGAGCCCAGUGAAACGAGUCGCUCUGAUGAUGAAUUCGAAAAUGGAACAGAAAGAAGUUGCUCCUGUACAAUUAUGUAGUGCGUCUUUCGACCAAAGCAUUGUGAGGACUUGACUUCUAAAAUGAAUUGCUAGAUCAGGUAAUCUACUGCUAAGAAGCAUUUUUGCUUGUUUUGACCGGGUUCAAGUAAUUCUCUGGGCGAAAGAAGCAAGAAUUGUGGCAUUCUACACAGAAUCCAACCAUGUUGAGAAGCUUUUUAUUUGGACAAGAGUCUCUGCUGGGUGACUGGUGAUUUCUAUCCACGUUACAUUGUUGGAGAUUUCAAUUUUGGUCACUCUGGGUUUUGUCAUAUUACAAUUCUUUGUUAUGGUGCUUGACUACAUUGUCCAUUGUUUCCUGGUAAUUAUUGUGUUAUAUUUCUUUUUUCUUCCCUUGGUGGUCCAUAAUUCUUGCACUUAUCCUUCUCAGCUUGAUUUUUUGUUAAAAGUUUAUUACACGAGGUUUGUAUUUUCGGUUCCCCCAUAGAUUGCAGUGUUAAUACAGGCAACGUAGUAUGCUUUUACAAGUAGUUCUGACUUCUGAUUUGUUUUUGUUAAAGUUUGAUUUCAUUAUGUUAUUGAGCUGA